AUGAAAGCCAACGACAAGCACUGUGAGCGGCUGAAGGACAACGUCAGGUUUCUAGAGAUACAGGAUAUGAGAGAGGAACACUUGAGGAAGACUUCGGUUAGAGAUGCCCUGAAGAAUCUGGAGAAGAUCCUGAAGGAUGCUGAGGAGCUGGUGAAGAAACGAGAAAACAUGUGCAGGCUAAAACAGCGAAAGCCAACAGCCUGGCAGAAUAGUUUAACGACAAAAGCAUCCGACUACGUGAUGCGACCCGUCACCUUUCCCUCGCACUACAUCUGCAGAUCCUCAGCCAAGUGUCCACACGUAGAGGCGCAGGUUACAAGUCCACCCCUGAGGAUCGUCCUGGUUGGGAUAACUGGAGCAGGGAAGAGUGCCACAGGAAACACCAUCCUGGGGAGAGAAGCAUUUGAGUCCACACCAUCAUGCCAGACUGUCACAAAUAGAUAUGAACAAGCAUCAACCACAAGCCCACGUGAAAUACAGGUGGUUGAUACUCCUGGUGUAUUACACACAGAGAGAGAUCCAACUGAAGUUAAAGAGGAGAUCCUUCCGUGCAUUCAACUCUCUGCCCCAGGCCCCCAUGCCUUCCUGCUGGUCAUUACAGUAGGUCGCUUCACUGACGAGGAGCGGAGAGCAGUCACGGACCUCCAGGAGAUCUUUGGGGAGAAGGCCAAAGACUACAUCAUCGUCCUCUUCACCGGUGUAGAUUUCCUUGGUAUGUCGAUAAGAAAGUUUGUGGAGGAACAGGACCCUAGACUAAAAGAGUUGAUCAGGAGCUGUGGAGGGAGAUAUCAUGGGUUUGAAAACAAGAGCAGAGACAGGACUCAGGUAGAUGAGCUGCUGAGGAAAAUAGAUGAGAUGGUGGCAGCUAACGGGGGACAGCACUAUGUAUACUAG